AUGAGGUUCGGUGAAUAUCUCCGUUCUUCUAUGAUCAAGGAAUUCUAUCCUUACUACAUUGCCUACGACGAUCUCAAGAAAGCUCUGAAGACAGAUUUCGUCGACGAGCCAACCUCCGAUAACACCAAUCCCGCCCGCAAAGAAUGGACCGAGGACGAUGAAACACACUUCGUCUCCUUGCUCGAGAGUGAGUUGGAGAAGGUGUUCCUUUUCCAGAAGCGCAAAAGCGAAGAGAUUGUCGCCCGCAUUCAAGAAAGCGAGCUCGAGGUGAACGAUGUCGUCUCCCGUCUGGACAGCUCGACCGAUUCCCGUCGCCAGAGUGUUCGAGCUUCUCGCCCCACACCCACCGAUGCGGAUUUCUUGCUCCUUGAGCAGGUACUCAGUGACAUUAUUGCCGAUGUUCAUGACUUGGCCAAAUUCACUCAAUUGAACUACACCGGGUUCCAAAAGAUCAUCAAAAAGCAUGACAAAGAAACUCAAUGGUACCUCAAGCCGGUUUUCGCGACACGUCUAAAGGCCAAGCCGUUCUUCAAGGACAACUACGACGCUUUCGUGAUUAAACUGUCCAAGCUUUAUGACCUGGUCCGAACCAAGGGUAACCCGGUCAAAGGUGACGCGUCUGCCGGUGGUACCCAACAGAACUUUGUGCGUCAGACCACAAAGUAUUGGGUGCAUCGGGAUAAUAUUACGGAGUUGAAGCUGGUGAUCUUGAAGCACUUGCCAGUGUUGGUCUUCAAUGCCAGCAAGGAGUUCGAGGAGAAGGAUACCGCCAUCUCUUCUAUCUACUAUGACAACACGGACACUUGGGAGCUGUAUCAGGGUCGUCUGAAGAAAACAGAAGGCGCCGAGGCAAUCCGACUGCGUUGGUACGGUGGAAUGGAAAGUGACCAGAUCUUCGUGGAGCGGAAAACCCACCGCGAGGACUGGACGGGAGAAAAGUCUGUCAAGGCGCGUUUCGUGCUCAAGGAGAAGCACGUCAAUGCCUAUCUCGAUGGCCGCAUGACGGUUGAGCAGAUCUUCGACAAGAUGCGCAAGGAGGGUAAGAAGAGCCCGUCGGAGAUUGAUGAUUUAGAGCAAUUGGCUCGCGAGAUUCAGUACCGCGUCAUUACUCGCCGCUUGAUGCCUGUCACCCGGACAUUCUACCACCGCACUGCAUUCCAGCUUCCAGGUGAUGCUCGUGUUCGAAUCUCCCUGGAUACGGAAUUGACCAUGGUCCGAGAGGAUAACCUGGACGGCCGCCAACGGUCUGGGAAGAACUGGCGUCGUAUGGAUAUCGGAGUCGACUUCCCAUUCUCCCAGCUGCCUCCGGAGGAUAUCGACCGAUUCCCCUAUGCCGUGCUGGAGGUGAAGCUGCAGACCCAGGCGGGCCAGGAACCUCCCCAGUGGAUUCGGGAUUUGACUGCCAGUCACUUGGUUGAGGCAGUCCCGAAAUUCAGCAAGUUCAUCCACGGAACAGCCACCAUGUUCCCUACUCGCAUCAACUUGCUCCCAUUCUGGUUCCCACAGAUGGGUGUGGACAUCCGCAAACCCGCUAGUCGCGAAUUCGGUAUCCACAGACCGCUGGCCAGUACCUCAAUAUCCGCCAAUGAUGAAGAUUCGGAUGACGAUGAAACCCCUGAAUCGCAAGAAACACCUCCGAACGGACACGUCACCGAACACCAGAGCGGAUUGUUUGAGACCAAUGGAAACGAACUAGAUAUCGAAGAACGCAUCGCCGCCCAGCCUCUGCCCGGCGACGAAGACUACCCCUUGUACGACUCCGACGACGAAUCGGUAUAUUCUGACGAACUCGAAGAAGCCCGUCGCAUCGGGGGUGCGUACUACGCGCAGCAACUAGCCAAAUACUAUCUCUCUCGAACUGGCCACGCUGUCGCACAAGGUCUCAUGGCGAUAAUCCCCCGCCCCCGUCCAACAUCCCUGCCUCCCCCGAACAGCAGCUUCCAGGCUCCUCCCGGCAAACGCAUUUUCGUUCCCAUCCGCGUGGAACCCAAAGUCUACUUCGCCGCCGAGCGAACCUUCCUCUCCUGGUUAGAAUUCUCCAUCAUCCUCGGCGGAAUCGCCGCAACCCUUCUUAACUUCGGCUCCGAUAACGCCACCCUCAUCUCCUCCUGGGCCUUCACCAUCCUCGCCGCCGGCGCCCUCGUCUACAGUCUCUUCCUGUACAUCUGGCGUGUCGACAAGAUCCGCAAGCGUCGCGACGUCAAGCGCGUCUACUACGAGCGCUGGGGGCCGACGGUUGUCAGCAUCGGACUCGUCGUGAUUAUCUUGAUUAACUUCGCGCUGCGCGUGCAAGCUGGCGGGUUUAUGGCUGCGCCGGGAUCGGAGGGUGAGCAUCGCCAUGGUGGCCAUGGCGAAUUGUAG